GAUGACUCGCAAGCAUCACAGAGAGCAAUCGACCUGACACAGCGAUGCAGAACUACCCAGCGCCUGGGGGAAACAUGAUGCAGGACAACAGUGCCUACACUGUCCAGCCAGUAGUAGUGUCCGUGCCUGACCAAAUAGUCAAAGAUGAUAUCAUUUUCUCCACAUUCAAUCUUCACUUCUGCAACCCUUGCUGUCUUGGGUUUGGGGCCUUUUACAACUCAAUCAAGGCCAGGGACAGCAGACUGCUUGGAAACCUCCCAAUGGCACACUCUUAUGGGGCCACAGCUCGCCGCCUGAACAUUGCUGCUGUCAUUGUUGGUUCCAUCUCUUUACUUAUCCUCAUCAUCAUCCUUUCCAAGUCAUUUAGUAAAGUCACAUCAAGUUAAACAUCAUCUUUAACUUCUUAAAAGAAUCAGUGUCUGAAUGAUUUAUUUGCCUGUAUGUACUUUUUUAAAAUGCCUUUUAUUAAAGCAUUUAUACUUGGUGAAA